AUGGCCUCAGAAUGGUACUGUACCGUUUGUCCCGCUACCUUUACUCGCGCAGAACAUUUAAAACGGCAUAAUGCGUCUCACGUUGACGACCGGCCACAUGCCUGUGCAUCUUGUGGGAAAACGUUCAAUCGAAGGGAUAUACUCCGGCGACAUGAAAAGACCUGCAAAUCUCGAGUCCAAGCACUCUCCGAAAGUGAGGACCGCUUCCAAUCAGAUGAAGAUAGACAGCCAAAACGACGUUGCUCAAUAGGGUUGAAUGAUCCGACUAUCUUGCGUUUACCCGAGCCAGAUCCACUCGCGCUUGAUUUUACUUUUACUGGUUGUGGCUAUGCUGAGCCAACAGGGGUACUGGAUUUACUUGAGCCUAACUCCAGAAGCACACCUGAGCUGGACAAGUUAGAUAGCUCCACCUAUAUCACGGGGAACCAUCUAUUGACAGACAUUCCGUCACCUCUGGAUUUCUCCACCUUGGAUCUUCUGUAUUCUCCGCAACUGACCUCAGAUAUCAUCCUUGCUGAGCGACUGGAAUAUCUUGCAUAUUUCACUAGCACACGUGGAAUGGCAACAUUUGCAGACCAUGAAUCGUUCCGGCGAAGUCAGAAGAUCGUGGUAGAUGCCUACGAAGCCAAAUUGCAACAGCGGCCUGCACCAAGAACCAAUCAUGCGGAUGGCCACUCCGAUUCUACAGCAAAAGAACCACAUCACGAUUUAGACCCAUCUCCAACACAAGAGUCUAUCUCCCGUUCGUUAGACGCCAAAUCUCACCAGCUUGUCGAUAGUCUCAGAACUGUCAUUUGCGGAAGGCAAAACGACGAUGUCAUCACCCUGGAUUGGUCCUCAUCUCUGCACAAGCUAUGUCAAGAGUUCUUCUCUCCACCCAACAUACGCCGCUUUCUAGAAUAUUUUUGGUCAUUAUGGUACCCCCACUGUCCGAUUGUGCACAGGCCUCUUUUCGAUUCAUAUGCAGCCACGCCAGCCCUACUAUGCGUGAUGGUGGUCAUUGGGGCAUGCCUUUCUUCGCGCGACAGUGACAACCAGACUGCCAGGAUGUGGCUUGACAGCGUGGAAGAACUAAUUUUUAGCCAUGCCUGUUUUAGGAAGAGCCAUUCUCAGGGCUAUGAUGAUAUUGUUUGGAAGAAGGAAAUGCUGCAGAGUAUUCAAGCGGCAUAUCUUGUUAGCUCUUUGCAGAAGAGAGAGGGGUCUGUGGAAGCUCAGGCCCGCAUUCGACGAUAUCGUCAUGCGUCCAUGGUCGCAUUGGCAAGACACAUCGGGCCUGGAAAUGCUUCUCACCGAAAUCUCCACCUUCAUGAAGCUUCGCUACCAUGGUGGAAGCAAUUCGCCGAGGAAGAAGAGCUGAUCAGGACUCUCAUAUUUGUCUUCUUGAUUGACACAGCCCUUGUGAUUUUGCACAAUUCACCGCCCCGAAUGGUUAUCCCCGAGAUGAAGAUGGACGUGUCAUGCCCCGAGGCGUGUUUCCAGGCCAUGUCUGCAUCUGAAUGCCUCGUCCAUCUUCGUGACUGGGCCCACACCCGCUUCUGGAGGGACAGACUCUCUGUUGUAUCAGUGGUUAAGCGCAUUUGCCAGAGCCAAAUGCAAGAUACCCUGGUCAACGAGUACGCGCAGUUGGGGACACUUAAUCUUUUUACAAUGGUGCAAGCAAUUCAUUCCCUCAUGUUCCACCUGCAAAACUCCCUUGUUUUCGAAUCGACAUUAGCACCCGUCCAGACAGGGCUUGAGAACUGGAGACGGAUCUGGAAUGAAAGAGUCCCCGAAGAUCAAAACAUUCCCGAUACCGCUGAGAACAUAUGGAAAAAGGUCGGAUUUCUGCGCCAGGCAUCGGAAUUUUGGCACCUGGCUCGGAUCUUCGCGGCCAAGGUCGGCUCAACGAGUAACUACUUUGAUGACCACACAGAGACGGAGUCAUUUCAGACGCAUACUAGCUACGAUCACACAGAUAUGGGCGACGUGAAUGGGCUUAUUAUGGAGUAUAGGAGGAUGAAUUUGGGUGUUAGUUGA